UUACUGACGUCACCCCACCAUCUUCGCACCGAGGAAGAAUCCGGAGGUACUCACACGUGUUGUUGUUGUAAAACUUUGAGCCAUGGCAGGCUCGUUCUCUCAGGAACUCGAGGAUUUACUGAAUCCUCUGCCCAAGUUUGCAGAUCCAGAGGAUGACGAUGAUGAAGCGACCAAAGCCAGAGUGAUAGACAGAUUCAACGAGGAAGAGGAAGAUGAUGUCGGCUUCAGUACGCUGAGGAAGAGCAACACAACCCUGCUGUCAGACACGGACAGGCGGUAUGUGGGGAAGCCAGUGUCCCGUAAUCAGCUGCUGAUGGAUGAGGAAGGAUCUGAGGACGAGGAUGAUGAUGAAGAUGAAGAGGAGAGUAGCAUAGAGGAAGAAGAGACUAUGGUAGAUCAAGAGGCAGAUGAUGAUGAUGAUGAUGAUGAUGAGAGUGAUUUAGAGGAAGAAGAUGAUGAUGAUAAGGAGGAGGAGUUGCUGGACCAUGAUUCAGAUGGUGAACUUCCAUCUCAGAGGAAAGGCUCUGACAUGAGUUUUCCUCAGGGAGUGGACUUCCGUAAACUCACAGACGGCAUGGAUGACCUGGGAGUGAGUGAGGAUGACGAUGAGGAGGAAUCUGAAGGCAGCAACGAUGAUGAAGACACAGGCUCUGACGAUGAAGAUGAGAUGGAUGAUGAGGAAGAAGAGGGAGCUGUGCGCACCUUUUCCCAGGAUAAAGUGGACGAGGAGGUGGAGAAGGGGAAGGCCGUGAAGGACCAGCUCGCCCUCUGGGACCAGCUGCUCGAAGGUCGGAUCAAAAUCCAGAAAGCGCUGGUGACAGCCAACCAGCUGCCACAGCCGCCCACCUUCCCGGAGUUCAGGAGGAAGGGAGGAGCUGAGCUGGCCGGGUCGCUGAAGAACACCCACAAGGCUCUGAAGGCUCUGCAGAGGUCUCUGCUGGAGCUGCACGACCAGCUGCUGUACCAGAGCGCCGACACCAGGAGCAUCGCUGUGGGGGAGAGCGAGGACGAGGAGAUAAUCAGCGAUGAAGGAGAAGAAGAGUCAGUGCCGCAGUCUGGAGCGCCCAAACGAAAGCUGGAGAUGGCGGAGUAUCCGGACUUCAUGGCCAAACGUUUUGCGGCCUUUCAGCCUUAUCGCGAUGCCACGCUGCAGAAGUGGCACGACAAAACUCGCCUGACCCAGGGGAAGAGCAGUAAAGGGUUUGGGGCAUUUGACAGGAGCAUUCUGACCCAGGUGGAGCAGGUGCUGAUGGACAACGAGAGGCUGGUGAGGCGAACACAAACCCGCCGCUCAGAUUACAGAGUCCUCGGGAAGAAAGAGGCCUCAGCCGUCACUGCGGAGACCGCAGAGGGAGCAGAGCAGCAGCUGAAGGCCAACACGCACCUGAAAGAUCUGGACGAGGACAUAUUCGACGAUGACGACUUCUACCACCAGCUGCUGAGGGAGCUCAUCGAGCGCAAGACGAACGCGGCGGACCCCAACGAUCAGGUGGCCAUGGGGCGGCAGUGGCUCGCCAUCCAGAAGCUGCGCAGCAAGAUCAAGAAGAAGGUGGACACCAAAGCCAGCAAGGGGCGCAAGGUCCGCUUCCACGUCCACAGCAAACUGGUCAACUUCAUGGCACCUAUCGAUCACAGCUCAAUGAGCGACGAGGCGUGCAGUGAACUGUACCAAGGCCUGUUCGGUCAGAACGCCUCAGUCAUGGAGUAAAGAUGGAGUUUAUGAAGUCAGAAGAGAUGAAGCAGCUCUCCACCAGCAGAGACGCCUCAGACUGGGUGGACAGUUCUGGUGCUUUGACUGGGUUACAAUCAAAUGGACAGUUCUUUAUAGAUACUUUUAUACCUCAGUGUGUCUCUGCCUAAUGAGCAGGUUGUGUUUCCAUCAAAACUAAAAGCACAAUGAGUUCAAAUGCUUUAUUUUUUCUGUCUUGUACAGUUCAAGUAAAGUGACCAUUUACUUCCAGAUUUUGUAACUUCAAAAAUUGUCAUCUGUCCUUGAUGUCAGGGCAGAUACGGGGGUACAUGAAUAUUUACAAUGGGUAUUUCAUCCAUUAUAUUUUAAGUUGUCACCUGGUGCCUAGAUUUCAUGUUUUCCUGUUUCUUUUCCUGUCUUACUUAGACAUUUGUACCAUAAACCGAUGGAAAAAUUAACAAAUAUGUGCUUAAAAUCGCAGAAAUGCAGGCAAUUAAAUCAUUGAUUCUCCAUAAAGAAUCAAAAUGCACAUGCUCUAAAUGUUGAGCAGUACUUCCUCCCUAAAAUGUACACAUAUGAACUCUUCUAAUGUACAUGUUGUGUCCCAGCUCCAUACUAACUGUUCGUAGUCUAAAUGUUCACCAAUGUUUCACUGCUAAUUAAAAAAUCAGAAAGAAAAUGUUUCCCAGAUAAA